AUGGAAGCGACUGAUGGCCGGGGAGUUGAUAUCGUACUGAACUCCCUGUCCGGUGACAAACUGGACGCCAGCUAUGAAUGCGUGGCAAACAGUGGGCGGUUUGUGGAAAUCGGACGGUACGACAUGUUUCAGAACAAAAAGCUGGGAAUGUUUGACUUCUUGAGGAAUAUACAGUUUAUCGGUAUUGGUAUCGAUAUAGUUAUUACAAAUGACAUGGACUUCAUCCCAGAGUUUUACGAUUGGGUUCACAAAAACUCGAAGAAUGGAUGCGUUAAACCCAUUACUUACACCACAUUUAAUGUCAAUGAAUACGAUAAGGCUUUCCGGUAUAUGCUAACCGGCAAACAUAUGGGCAAAAUUGUCUUUAAAUUAAGGGACGAAGAGGUUACCCGUGGACCACAUAAACUAAUAAAGUGUGCACCAAAUGUGAUUGCUACUGUUAAGACAUUUUUCGAUCCAAACAAAGUAUAUAUAAUCACCGGAGGGUUAGGUGGCUUUGGUCUCGAACUAAUGCCUUGGAUGUUGUAUUAUGGUGCAAGGAAGUUUGUGGUCACUUCCAGGUCAGGGAUUAAGACUGAUUAUCAGCGAUGGGUUUAUAACCGGGCUAAGUCUUUUUAUGAAGAGCUUGCUUAUUUUAAGUGCGAUUACGUCGUAUCGACUGUCGAUUGUUUAACUAUUGAAGGCACACAACAACUCCUAAAAGAGGCCCAAAGGUUGGGACCCAUUGGAGGGAUUUUCGCAAAUUUGGAUCAAUUGACCCGAAAAUUGGACUAUAAUUUGGACUAUUUUGUUGUCUUCUCAUCCAUGGCUUGUGGUAAAGGAAAUGGAGGUCAGUCUAACUACUCGUUUGGGAACUCUAUGUGUGAACGUAUUUGUGAACAAAGACGUAAUGAUGGACUCCAUGGUCUGGCCAUACAGUACGGACCGGUCGGUGAUGUGGGAGUGUUUGAAGGGACUGAACAGAUGUUUCAAUUCGCGUCACUAAAGAAACAGCGAAUCAACUCGUGUUGCGAUGUUUUGGACAAAUUAUUAACAAUUAAACAGCCGAUCGUUACAUCAUAUGUAAAAGUGGAUCAAACUAAAAGCGAUUCUGGUAGUAGACAAAUGCGACUUAUUAAAGAACUCUGGCGAGCACUGGGCAUAGACCCCGACAACACCCCCAACCACCUAACCCUGGGUGAGAUCGGCAUCGAGUCUAUGUUUGCCGUUGAGUUACAGCAGGAACUGGAGAGGGAGUGGAAUAUGAAAGUGACUCUCAAUCAGGUCAAGAGUAUUACGAUCGGUAUGUUAAAGGACUUCGAGGCCGGCAGAAUUGGCGAAAUCAAGAAGCACCUGGAUGAUAUAAAACGCGCCAAGGCAAACCUACUAAAAAUGAAAUUCUUGAUUCCCACCGAAACGCAUACCCGACUGAAUAACGUUGAGCAAGGAGCUCCAAUCUACGUGUUGCCCCCAUUGGAGGUCAGUUAUUUAGCAUUUGAGGAGCUAGCUCAGAAAGUCGACCGUCCGGUGAUUGCGUUAAAUUGGAGCCGUGAAAUGAGUAAACUGACCACGCUCAAAGAGGUAUACGAGUACUACGAAAAGUUGCUAAAAUCACUUUCACCAAAUGUCAAAUUUGAAGUGCUUGGCUAUUUCGAUGGGGCCAUAAUUUGCACGAAAUUACUCCGCAAACAGUUGGCCUAUAAAGCAGUGAUCGUUGACAUCAUAAGCGAGGCUCGUUUACGAGAGGAUCGUCUCACAGAUGAUGACGUACUCGACAUACUACUGAUAUUCAUCACUAAAGGGAUGCCCGGCUCAUUUAGAGAUAAAAUUAUGCGAGAGAUUAAAAAGGAGCCCAAUUUAAACGCUAAGGUGAGACUGAUUGUCAACCAAAUAGUGGACUUCGUGGGUAAGGGACUGGUGGCCCCCGAUAUGGAGGAGAUCUUUCACAUAAUGUUCGCACGGAUUCGUAUGCUAUCGGAGUAUCGCAUGAAUACGAAGGAAAAGUUUGCGAAUCGCCUGAAACUAGCGAUCAGAAGGAAAUGGGCGAAAAAGACGGGCAAAUUGGUUGUGAUUAAACCGUUUCAAUCCGAUUCGGUAGAUGAUAUGGAUGACAUUCUCGAGAAAGCGAGGAAUACCUACUUUUUGCCGGCAAAUGAU